AUGAAUGACCAAAAGUCUGACACAAAAAGUAGUCCAAAGGUUGAUCAAAAGGAUGAACAUAAACCUGACCAUAAGAAUGAUCUUAAGAGUGAGCCAAAAUCUGAACCGAAAUCUGAAUUGAAGGCUGAACAGAAAAGUGAACAGAAAGCUGAACAAAAAGAUGAGCCAAAAGAUGAGCAAAAGACGGAUGAACAUAAAAAUCUUGAUUUUGAGCAAAUGAAAGCCAAGGCCCCAAAACUUUUGGCUGAUAUGGUGCACAUGCUUAUCACGUGGCAGAGAAUGGGCUUUCAUGUGCCACGAGGUGUCAGAAACAUAUUUGAGUUUACCUGGGAUGAACUUAUAGAGAUAGCACCAAGAAAAUCUUUCACUGGUUUAUAUUGUCCAGUUGUCAAAUCCCUCCCCUAUGAAGAGGCUGAGCUGGCCUCCGCAACUACAUCAAAAACUCAAAAGGUGGGUGCCACACCCUCAGCGAGGAGAACUAAUUAUGUGACUUCACUUGAAGGCCAGCCAAUGCUCAUGAAAUUCCAAAAGCGGUCCAUACAUCUCCUGACAGAACUUCUGAAGUUAAAGAUGAAGAUAAUGAUUGAUGCCGUUGCUGGUCCCAAUGCUGACGAGAUUGCAAAACGAUUCCUGGAAAGUGGUCAACAGCUAAGUCCCAAAUCCCGGGAGGAAGCAGUGGAGUUUAUGAAAGAACCCAGAAGGAAAGGGCGAGGUGCAGUCCCAACGGCGCCAGCGAUUCCUAUAACUUCCACUACCCAACUCAUUCAGCAAAUGUCAUUGUCCUGCCUUUGCUUUUCAUUGUCAUUCAAAGAGGUCAAACCACAGAAGAGCUCAGGUGGUGGCAGCAGCACUGGUCAAGACAAGGAGUCCAUUUUAUCUGACAAAUUUGAUCCAUGUCCUGAAGCAAGGGAGAAGCUUCGUGAAAUCUGCCGUCAAAUAGAACAUGAGAAGUCUGUAGCUAUAGCAAAGUGCCACGUGAGACCCCUAAUAUUGAAGAAUUAUCCAACUGUGCACAAGUCACCAUCUCAGGCCUUGAGAAGAGCUUCCCUGUCUCAAUUAGCCGCUGAGAUCAGACGUUCAAAACUGAAAAAGUUAUUCUUUUCCAUUCCUGAUGGAACAUCACUGAUUUAUUAUCCAUCUGGAAAUAUUGCAGUUUUCCAAUUUCCCAUAUGCUGCAUAGGAAAGACAAUCACCUUUCUAUUUCAGGAUGUUCCAACUCAAGGAUUUUUAGGCAUGUUUUCCCCAGGCCACUCAUGUCUAUCUUAUUCCUUUAAAUCAAGCUUUUCUGUGGCGUUACUGAUAAAUCAGCAAGGUGGAAUAGUUAGAGACAAAUACGGCCAAUUAACCCACCACUGGAAUUGGUAUUCCAGAAAAGAAGUUCUACAGUCUUUAGAUUUUCAGAUAAAUGAAAACUUAAAAUUAAAAGUCCUUAGCCAAAAUUCCAUGACCAUUACUUUUGCUGCCUUGAAUGAAAACCUCACCUUAUCUUUGAUAAGACCUGGAUGUCUGCAUGGAUGCAAAGCUGAUAAGCAGCCUAGUUUAAAAUACAUUGAAGCUGAUAAGAAAGAACAUUGGAGAAGAAUCCUUAUUGACAUUAAAAGGAGGUUUCAGAAAACUACAAAACAAUUUAUAAACAGUGUUUUGAUGAUUUCAGGAAUAUGCUGCAUAGAUUAUCCGCCUGAGUUUCGUACGAAACCUGUGAAGUGUAAAACAGUGGAUUCACCACUACAGACCUGGGAUCGAAAGCUAAGAGAAGAAGCUAUGGCUUUGGUUUCAAAACCAAAAGAGAAACAAGCUGUCAGGCCAAAGAGCUUACCCAGUUAUCACCCAAUUAAGAGAAAAUUUAGGCCUCCAUCACAAGCCAAAGAAGAGAUCCCAGAUGGAAGCCCUACCCUUGAGCCGUGGGCAAUUUAUCCUAUGGACUGUCCAAUUGUGCUGCGCAAAGUUUUGACCAAAACUAAUGAAGGUUUAGGUUGCAAAUGUGUAGUCAAAAUCCCAUUAAUUACAGACUUAGAAUUUGAAAAGUUUAUCACUGCCCCAAGAGACCCUCAACAAGUCAUUGUGAUAUGUGUGUUGUCACCACAAAAACAUUCCUACUCUCCUUUCUUUGAGUGGUCUGUUGAACAGGUGUACAUAAAGAUGCAGCAUGGCCGUCCCUCACCUUGUAUUCAGAGCAAGCAUGAUUCCUACCGUUUCCUGAAAUAUGAUCUAGAGAAUCCACUGAAUGAAACGCCUCCUCUUCUGGUGCAGAAACACGGUGUCGUUCCUGGAAUGGUGGUGAUGUAUGCCGGAGGGAAGCUGCUUUUUGGGAGCUGUGUUUUCAACGGAUACAGCUACAGUAAGAAGGACCUGCUGAAACAGAUCAACCAAGUUUGCCUUGACUGCAAAAGAGGUCACUUCCUGCCACAGAGCUUCAAAUUUAGUCCUAUUGCUGAACCUCCGAAGAAGCCCUCUUACCAAAGUAUAGAAAGUAUUUAUACUACCAAUUUUAAGGAAUGUGAAGAAGAGCAAGAGCCUAUUGUUGAAGAGGAGGUACUAAAAGUAGAAGAGAAGAAAAAACCUGCUGGCCGUGGAAAGAAGAAAACAAAGAAAUAG